GGGCAAAUGGUUGGGCUGGGCUGUUGGUUAGUCUAAGUUGAGCAGCGCCAGAGCUUGCACAGAAUGGCAGAACACAGAUGGCAGCAUUGCAGCCAUGGCAGCGUGCCCCCAAAUGCCGUGAUCGCUGGCCAUGACUCGGAUGGAGAUAGCAUUUAUGUGGGACGCGCCUUCUACUGCAAUGAUAUGUUGCCAGCCAAGGUGAUACCGAACAAGGGCAAGGCCUAUGUAGCCUAUGCGCGUGAGGAGGUGGAGCUCGAUAGCUACGAGGUGCUCAGCGGCUACAACUAUGAGUGGUUGCCCGCUGAGAACGGCGCUGUGCCCGUGGGAGCUGUCAAAGUGGGUCGCAAUGUCGAUGGGGAGGAUCUGUAUGCAGGUCGUGGCUAUCACGCUGGCAGCCUGACCAUGGGCAAGGUUCAUCCCUCGCACGGCUGCCUCUACAUACCCUACGAUUCCGACGAGGUGAAGGUCUUUGCUUAUGAGGUGCUCUCGCAGCCAGAGCGCUGGAUUGACACGACCGCCUCAGAUGUGCCCAAUGGCGCUGUGGUGGGCGGGCACGACUCCAACGGCGAUGUCAUCUAUGUGGGUCGCGUCUUCCGCAAUGGCGAUCUGCUGCCCGCCAAGGUGGUGCCGUCGAAGGGCACUGCCUAUGCUGCCUAUGCACAGGCCGAGCACGAGGUCACCGAAGUCCAAGUGCUGGUCGGUGAUGGAUUCCAGUGGGUACCAGCCUCAAACGGCAAUGUGGUGCCCAAUGCAGUGGCCUCCGGGCCCAAUGUGGAUGGCGAAACGCUAUACGUGGGCAGAGCCCACUACUGUGAGAGUCUAACCGUUGGCAAGAUUCAUCCCUCGCAUGGCUGCAUCUAUAUACCCUUUGGUGGGGAGGAGGUCAAGCUGGAGCACUACGAAGUUCUCGUGCGGUCUUAGUUACAGCACAUCUUUAUGACAUGUGUAAAUAAAUUAUUGAAGUCUAGAUAAUUAUUAGACAUUGCGUGA